UUAUAUCACUGUUUGUGGUACAAUAUUUUCUUACAACAAUGUAUUUUAAUACAUAAUAUUGAAUGAGAUCAGCGAUGCGUGAUUCUGCUCGUACCAGUAACUCCUAUUUAUUGACCUUCAUUGUUUAAUUGUUAAAUUGAGAUGACCUUCUCUCCACGUCAAAUAAAUGUUUUAAUCCUCUGGAAAGACCGCUGAGCACUAUUACUAGUGCACACAUGCUAUGGAUUAUUACAUGUAAUUAUGAUCGAAAGCAAUUUGUGUGUGUGUGCUUGUCUAUUUUUUUCACGUAGUAUCAGAUAUUUUACACGUGAUAGUUCUGGAAAACCCACGAAGUGUCGUUUUUAGCGUGCCGUGAAAGGCCGUGUAUUAUAUCUCGUCCGGCUGGAUGCACAAGUUAAUAUGUUCCCCUGAAACUUACGAAAAACGGAAAUGUACUGUUUCUCGCAACGCGCUGAUGCAUCUAUGUGUAUAUAUGUACAUAUAUAUAAAUCUCACGAAUGUGACUGCGUUUAUGGAACUAUUUGUCCCGAUGGCACUACUGGUGGCAUUGACAUCAGAGUAGUGACUCCGGACACAAGUUGCCCUACUGGAUAUACAUAUUGCUGUGUAAUCGAUGACGACGAUGACGAUGAUAAUAGUAUUCCUUGUGGUUUACGAAGAAUAUCAUCGCAAUCACCGGGACCAGGAUUGGCCGCUUACGGUGCAUAUCCUUGGAUGGUGGCCAUUUUAACCAUCCAAGGUAAUUAUAUCGGAGGAGGAGUGCUUAUCAGUUCAAGACGUGUUCUUACUGUUGCUCAUAAGGUGGCAGAGUUUGAUAAUAGCGACAUUAUAGCGAGAUUAGGUGAGUGGAGUUUUGAAUCUGAAAAUGGUCAGAGUAUAAAUAUCGGCAUCUCAGAAAUUUCUGUGAUAUCUACUUUUAAUUCGCAAAAUCUCCACAACGAUAUAGCAGUGCUUAAACUAAGUUCGCCUGCUCCUAUUGCAAGUAAUGGUAACAUUAAUACAGCAUGUUUGUCAACUACAUCAGUUACACCGGGAACAAAGUGUUGGAUGUCUGGCUGGGGGAAAGAUGCCUUUAAUAACGGACAGUUACAACCUACUCUAAAACAAGUAGAUUUGCGUGUAUUGAGUAAGGCGGAUUGCCAAGCGGCCCUUCGAGGGACCAGACUAGGACGCAACUUUGUCCUUCACAACAGUUUCAUGUGCGCAGGAGCGGGACAGAACAAAGAUGCAUGCACUGGCGAUGGUGGUUCACCGUUGGUGUGUCCAACAUCAAACGAUCAGUAUGUAGUUGUUGGGCUGGUAUCAUGGGGAAUAGGUUGUGGAGAUGAAGGAGUUCCUGGUGUAUACACUGAUGUACUCUCUUUCUAUAACUGGAUCAUGCAACAAUAACGUAACCCCUGAAAAUAUACAUAUAUGUAUCUUAAAAAAAUUAAAUAAAACUAUAUGUCACAAC